AGAUAUUGCUCCAUGUACAGCUGUCUGCUGCAGCUUCACAUGCUUCACAAAGCCAUUGCAGCAGUUUUCUUGUUAGUUUGUUCCGAUUCUUUAAUAAUUUAUAACUUGUUUUGAUUUGUCAGAUACAGAAUUUUCAUCCAACUAAAUUGAAGUAUGUAUAUUAGUCGUAAUAAUUCGGUCAUAUAUAUCACUUGUCAGUGUUUAAAUUGUUUUGAUAUUAACUUAAUUUGUUAAUUCAAUACUUAAAAGAAUCUGCAGUAGUUCUCCUGCAAUCUGCUACACAUCUCUUUUACAUAAGAGCCAACUGAUUUAGGACCAACCUAAAUUAGUCAUUCACCAAAAUUAAGAAACCCUAGCCUCCAUAAACUUCUUGAGUUUAAGCCAAAAGCUACUAAUUAGAUACUAUCAUUAUUAUUUCAUCUGGAGAAUAUUCUAAACAAAUUUAUUUAUUCAUCUAACAAAUCAGAUUUUCCUAGGUAAACAAACUCAGUUGCAAUGGAUCAGGGGCGACGCGCACCAAAUGAGGCCAUUAGCUCAUCAGAUUUGAAAAAAGAGGGCGUCGAUAGUGUAGAUCAGAAAGAAGAAAAGGAGAAAAGAUACUUGGGAGUCCGAAUGAGGCCAUGGGGUAAGUACGCAGCUGAAAUAAGGGAUCGCACUAGAAAUGGGAAGAAGGUAUGGCUGGGGACAUUUGACACUGCAGAAGCUGCAGCUAUGGCUUAUGAUCGAGCUGCAUUAUCAAUGCGCGGUCCAUCAGCUUUUCUCAACUUUCCUUCACGCCAAUCUUCGCCAGCUGCAGAAAGGAGUACAGGGAAUAGUGAGGAGGAACAAGAGGUGAAAACAAGUGUAGUGGUGUUUGAAGACUUGGGAGCUGAUUUGUUGGAGGAGCUCCUGACUUUAUCAGACAAAGCUCCUAGUACAAGUACUACUAAGUAAUUCCGAGUUUUCUAAGAUUUAAUUAUUCUAACUACCAAUUUUUAUUUUUUCAUCAUGG